UUGUGCUCUUGUGGGCCGUAGGCCCAUAUUCACUCAGCUGCACCCUAGGGUUUCAAAAACGAGCGUAUAUAGCUUCGAUCGUCUUCUCCUACUCACCCAAAAACCAGCCGUCGAAUCCAGACUCUUCAGAACUUUAUCUCUGUAGAGUUAGGAGGUGUGGAAAUGGCGACAGUACCAGGGCCUCUGAUCUGGGAGAUUGUGAAGAAGAAUAACUCUUUCCUCGUGAAGGAGUUCGGUAACGGAACUGCUAGCGUGCGCUUCAGCAAAGAGAGCAACAAUCUCUACAACCUCAACUCCUACAAGCACUCUGGGUUGGCGAACAAGAAAACUGUAACCAUUCAACCAGGGGGGAAAGAUCAAUCUGUGUUGCUUGCAACAACGAAGACCAAGAAGCAGGCCAAACCAUCCACUUUACUCCACAAGUCUGUUAUGAAGAAGGAGUUCCGUCGCAUGGCAAAGGCAGUGACAAACCAGGUGGGAAAUAACUAUUACAGGCCAGAUCUGAAGAAUGCUGCCCUUGCAAGGUUGAGCGCCGUGCACAGGAGCCUUAAGGUCACCAAAUCUGGUGUCAAGAAGAGGAACAGGCAGGCUCUUAGGAAGUGAAUUUAGGACAAGAGUGAUUCUUGUUUCCAUCAUUUCUAGACUUUGGAAGUUUGUGUUUUUUUUUUUUCUUCCUUUUUUUGCUUUAUUGAAGCUUUUCUUUUUGUGAUGCUAUUAGAUCAAGUUUCAAAACAAAAGAGUAGUUGGCCUUUUACUUAUCUAUCAGUUUUGCAUUAUGAUUUGGUGGUUUACAUGGAUACUUGGAUUUAAUGUUUAUUAAUGGAGUUUCUUCUGAUACUGUUGGUUGGA